CAUCAUGGGCUAGGGAACAGUGAGCAGCCAGUGAAGCAUCCAGCCUGCCGAACAAGCUUGCUUUUAGGGUCAGGAACUGGUCUGACAAGAGAAUGGCACUCCUGCCUUUAAACUGUCAAUAGGACUGUACGGUUGACGAUGAAUCCACCAGAGCUCCGGGCUCAAAGGCGAAACAGUGAGCAAGAGAAUGUGAAGACAUAUUUCAGGACAUUGUGAGUGCUGCUAAAGAUGUCUGAUAGUGUUGAUAUUGAAGAGAAACCACCAGCCCCCCCCUUGAGAAUGAACAGUAGUUCCCGAGACUCUUCAUCAUUGAAUCACGCCUCUAAACCACUUCCAAUGGCUCCUGAAGAGAAAAACAAGAAAGUCCGCCUGCGCUCCAUUUUCCCUGGGGGAGACAAGACAAACAAGAAGAAGGAGAAGGAACGUCCUGAGAUAUCCCUACCCUCAGACUUUGAACACACCAUUCAUGUUGGCUUUGAUGCUGUAACAGGAGAGUUCACAGGUAUCCCAGAGCAGUGGGCACGGCUCUUACAGACCUCGAACAUCACCAAGCUGGAGCAGAAGAAGAACCCACAGGCCGUGCUGGACGUCUUAAAGUUCUAUGACUCCAAAGAGACUGUGAACAACCAGAAGUACAUGAGCUUCACCUCGGGAGACAAGUCUGCACAUGGUUACAUAGCAGCAAACACUCUGAACCGACUGCUGUCAUCUGGGCCUCCUGUCAGCCUUAGAACCUGCAGCGCAUUAUUUGACAAGGCUGCCAAAACGUCAUCGUCAGAGCCUCCAAUUGCCCCACCUGUGUCAGAAGAGGAGGACGAGGAAGAAGAGGAAGAGGAGGAGGAGGAGGAGGAGGAGGAGGAUGACGAUGAACUGCCUCCCGUCAUCGCGCCUCGGCCUGAGCACACCAAAUCCAUCUACACGCGCUCCGUCAUGGACCCACCAAAGCCUCCCACCCCUGUGAAAGAAGUACUGACUCCUCCAGAGUCACAGGUCCAGCCAGAGAACACGUCUAACACAAUGUACCGCCACACUGACCGCCAGAGGAAGAAGUCCAAGAUGACGGACGAGGAGAUUCUGGAGAGACUGAGGAGUAUUGUGAGUGUGGGAGAUCCCAAAAAGAAGUACACGCGCUUCGAGAAAAUAGGACAAGGAGCAUCCGGCACCGUGUACACUGCUAUAGACAUAGCAACUGGCCAAGAGGUGGCCAUCAAGCAGAUGAACCUGCAGCAGCAGCCCAAGAAAGAGUUGAUCAUCAAUGAGAUCUUGGUGAUGAGGGAAAACAAAAACUCCAACAUAGUGAACUACCUGGACAGUUAUUUGGUAGGAGAUGAGUUGUGGGUGGUGAUGGAGUACUUGGCCGGUGGAUCGUUGACAGAUGUAGUGACUGAGACCUGCAUGGACGAGGGCCAGAUUGCUGCAGUCUGCAGAGAGUGUCUUCAAGCCCUGGACUUCCUACACUCCAACCAGGUGAUCCAUAGAGAUAUAAAAAGUGACAACAUCCUCCUGGGUAUGGACGGAUCUGUCAAGCUCACCGACUUUGGCUUCUGUGCUCAGAUCACUCCAGAGCAGAACAAACGCAGCACGAUGGUGGGAACGCCCUACUGGAUGGCACCAGAGGUGGUGACUCGAAAGGCUUAUGGCCCAAAAGUUGAUAUCUGGUCUCUGGGAAUCAUGGCGAUAGAGAUGGUGGAGGGAGAACCACCCUAUCUGAAUGAGAAUCCACUCAGGGCGCUGUACCUGAUAGCAACCAAUGGGACUCCAGAGCUGCAGAACCCUGAGAGGCUGUCAUCUGUGUUCAGAGACUUCCUCAACCGCUGUCUGGAGAUGGAUGUGGACCGCAGAGGCUCUGCCAAGGAGCUGCUCCAGCACUCCUUCCUCAAGCUGGCGAAGCCUCUAUCCAGCCUGACGCCUCUGAUUGUAGCUGCAAAGGAAGCCAUAAAGAACAGCAGUCGCUAGACUGUGGCCUAGGUGUCCCCACCUGAGGCUGGAGCCCUGCCUGUGAUGUGUGCGUUCAUGGGGGCAGGGGCUUGGGUGUAUGGGUGGUGGGUGACGUGACAGCGACAGCACAAGGAGGGGGUUUGUGUGACUUACAGUGACAGCACAAGGACAAAAGACCCCCAGGCCUCAUAUGUAGGAUGGACUUCUGGCCUUGCAGCCUCUCAGGCCAUGCUGCUGGACAGACCUUGCCUCCUCGUUUACUUCUCCAGCACUCUGAACAUGUAGAGCAGUCCAUCACAAGUGUGUCUGUGUGUGUGUGUGAGUGCGUGUGAGUGCGUGUGCACAAACUGUGCACAUCUGUUUAUGUCAUAUGUCUUGUUUGGCAGCAGUUGCUCCCCAAACUGAGAAAAUACAGUGAAAAAAUCGAAAUGAAAAUGAAAAUGUGCUCAUUUUCAAGAAGUGACUUGAGGAGGAGAAACUGACAAAGCUAAAGAGCCCGUGAUUCCUUCCCUGUCCAGGUUUAGGCUUGGUUUUCUUUCCUCUAGUCAUCUCCAUGGAGCACAAUCAGGCCUCACUUGCACCUGCAGUGACCAGCUGAUGUGAGAGAGAGUGACUCUGGGACACAACCUUUGCUCGCAUGACUAUGGCUCUGUGGAGAAACACUGCUACUCCUCUGCAGAUUGUCACAUCUCACUGUGGCAUAUUUAUGUGUGUGUGUGUGUGUGUGCAUGAAUGUGUGUAGGGGUGCAGUUACAGUGGAAAAAGUCAGGAAUAAGUUCACAUGACCUAUGCCAGCUUUAAACAUCCUGCAUUAACCCAGUAAGGAGAUACAGAUCUCAUAUAUCAACAUCUCACUGUCAUAAACUCACUUGUGUUCAGAUUAGCUGCAUUUCACUUUGUGUUAUCUCUCUUAAACUGGCUGCUCUGAAUAUUUAAAAUGAGGAAAAAAAUGAAAUAGUGUUGGUGCAUAUUUUUCCUACAUAAUACACUGAAUUUAACCGGAACUGUAGUGAUGCAUCCAUAUUUAUAGUAACUCAAAUGUGGAUCACACAUCCAAUUAUUUGAUAUCCUACAGGAAGGAUCAGUUGGCAUUUUUGUGAUGUAGUUAGAGACACUAGAUCGCACUGUCACUCGUAAAUCAACAUUAGGUACUGCACACUCUCCAGAAAUUAUUAUAGUAAUGACUAUAAAAUGAUGCCAGCUUAUUUGUGCAGUGUGCAAAUUCCACUAAUCGUUCUUAAACGCAUGCAUGCAUAAACUGUGGCACUGAGAGUGCACAAGCAUCUCAAACAGGAUUAUCCAAAGGCAUUCAGUAUGUGUGGCUUUCUUUUUUAUUUUCACGUUGUAAAUUUAUCAGAAUUGGGUAAAUUCAACAUCUAUUAAAGUUAAUGUUAGUCCCUUCUUUCUAAUAGAUGAGGCAGUUAAGCAUGAAGUAGAAGAAAUGAGAGACUGAACAGAAAUACAAAUUGUUUCGUUUAAUAUUUAUAUUUGGUGUUGGGUUGUCCUUUUUGAGGUGCCGACACGCAGCAGUUCAACAUUUCAGCCUUUUAAGUGAGUCUUUUUCUGUACAACAGUGGCAAGCAGAAGGUCAUGUGAUUAUUUACCCACGGUGAGUUGGAUGCCUGGUGCCACACUUUGUCUCAGUUUCCCAUCAUGCCCCUGUUACUUAAAACCUUAAGCGGGAAAGAUGGCCCUUUAAAGACAUGAAAUAUGCUGAAUAUUCAGUUCAACAAGACUUAGAUGGUGGUUAAUGGUGGUUACUUGAAAUAAUUUUCCCAAGAACUGAGAGGCACUUAAAAGUGUGGACAGAAAUGUAAAAUGCAGAUAGGCAUGAGUCAUUACUAGGUCUCCUUAUGCUGCAGAAUACAUCAUAUGACUGUGACUAUACAAGUUUGGAUUAAAUACCAACCAAAAACCUGGCCUACCUGCCACAUCAAAGUAGUGAGUGUACAGCAACAUUCACAGCUAAUGAGGCACUGGGCACCAACCGUCCACCUCGCCCACCUGCGCCCUCCCCGUCUCUUUGGUAUUUAAGAUGCUGCUCACUCAUGCUUCAGUGUCCUUUUGUCUUUUAAUGGUGUCUUAUGUAACUUCUUUGUUUCAUAUGAUCUGUACUUGUUUUUUGUAGUGGCAUUUUUUUGAACGUGUGGCAGAUUAUAGAGGGGGAAUGUUAUCCACUGAGCGAAGUACUGAGUGCCAUUUUAUGAUUGUACCUUGUCCUGGUGAGCACUGAAACCAGAAACUGUAGUAGAGGUUCAAAUUGUUUGCUGACAUUCCUUUCAUACCUGGUUGGCGUUCAGAACUCAUUCCUGUACAGACGUCACCUGCUUUGUGUCUGUGUUUGGUAGCUUCAUCAGGCAUUUCCCAUGCAGCAUCCCUCCGUGUGUGAGUGUGUGUAUGUGCUUGUGUGUGUUUGGGGGGGGGGCUACCUCAAUCUGCACUAGAAGAUGCCUCACUCGUGUUGUCCACCUUAACUUUGAGGUGCAGGGUAGCUGCUUAGUCAUAUUGUACCUCCAUUGUACAGCAAAUGUACAGAAGAUGAAGGAGUGAUGUUAGACAGGAGGACGCAACAGAAUUCAUGCAUGUAAACAAAGUAUACACUGUAUCUCAUCUUCAAAUAGGUUAAGAUUGUUAGGAUAUGUAUGUAUGUAUGUAAAUAUGAUGGGAAAUCCUCCCCCCUUUUUUCAGAAUUAUGUAACUUAAAAUGACAAUAUUCAGGUUGCUCUAUGGUAUGUAUCAAUAAAUGUUUUGCACCCUGGAAAAUCAAAAAAAAAAAAAGAGAGAGAGAGAGAGAGAGAGAAAACGAACACACAUACACGCUGUCUCUG